CUCGAGAUGGCUACUCAACGAUUUGAACUUGGAAAGAUCUUCAGUGACUUGUACACUAUUUUCCUCUUCACGCGAUCCGACAUUAGGAUCGCACUGAUCCCAGUGACUCUGUUUGCUAUCGCUGCAGCUCCCCUGUCUAGCCCCCUUCGGCUUCUCGACACCAUUUUAUGGAUUUGGCUGCAUUUGCUACAAUUCAACGUAGCUAACCAGAUAAAAGCACCGGAAGAAGACAAGAUAAACAAGCCUUCAAGGCCGAUCCCUUCCGGUCGGAUGACUGUACACGACGCCACCAUUCUCCGCUGGGCUCUAGUCCCGAUCUGCCUAGCAUACUCUGCGCUAUACAGCGUACAGCUGACGUUUGUCAGUCUCUCGAUGUUAAUGUUCACCAUGUGGUACAACGAGAACGACGGAGACAAGGAUGCACUUUCGAAAAAUCUGUUGACCGCGGUCAUGUAUGGUUGUCUCGAAGUGGGCGGGACCCUUGUCGCAGCUCGUGACCACACGCAACUCAGUCAGACCGGUCAGAUUGCUGCCGAGCUGACGGUGGCUGUUUUCUCGUCGACUCUUCAUGCUCAAGACUUCAAGGACGCAGAUGGGGAUCGCCAGACUGGAAGGCGCACUUUCCCAAUUGCCUACCCUAUCAUAUCACGUAUUGCGAUAGGACUGGCCAUUCCCCUCUGGUCGAUCUUCCUUGCUCUUGUGUGGGACCUUGACAUACUCUCUGCUACCGCCUUUGUCGCUUACGGAUGCUACGUGGGGAUGAGGUUUAUGCUCUACCGCACUGUGAAAGACGAUAAACGAUCUUGCAAGCACUACAGCACGUGGUUCUCAUUGCAUCAUCUGUUCCCUGCCUACUGGUACUUCCACCAUGGUACCAACGGAUAUCCUAGUCUCGCCUUGGUGGAGCAGAUUCUAAAUGGCACUGUCGCUGCAUAGUUGUGUGAGGAAACACUGGGCUUUUCUGU